AUGGGUCGCAAAGCUAAGUACUUCACAUUUGAAGAGAAAUCAGCAGCUGCACGGCAACACAAGACAUUGUAUGCUCGGUCAGAACGAGGUAAACUCGUUCGACAAGCUCAAAACGCUCGUGCCUAUGCCAAGCAUCAUGGUCGACGUGGGCCUCGUAUCAGAUCUGGGGAUCUGCAUGCUCUUCAGGCGUCUUCCCUAAUCCAAUAUUCAACCCUCUCCCUUCCUGAUUCCUAUCUGUUUCACCAAUCUCUCACUGGAUCUGACUUGAUUGAUCAAUCCGAUCUCUUGCAGUGGAACAAAGCCCCUCCUUACGACCUUCCAGCUCCACCUGAUUCACCAGAGGAAGACCGUUUUCACGCAAAACCUCUGCGACCCAUAUAUAACAUGGGUGAAAUCGCUGAGCUUCUGAAAGAGAUCCGAGAAGCACAUCAGCGGUUACUUACAGGUUGGGAUGAGCUCAAUGCUCGUGUUAGCAGCUUGCAGGCAUGCACAAGACACAAGGUCAUGGCCGAAUGCUAUCGCCAAUGGGUAGCACGAAGGAUAUUGAAUUAUCAGAGGGAGGACAAUAUGCUAAUUACUGGGAAGAAUCCUUAUACGUAG